CUUAAACUAGAGGCUUGCAUUUCUGUGAGCAGUUAAGUCAUUUGUGGCAAUGUUGUUCGUGCUAGUUCUGUGCCUGGUUUUAAUUGGCGAUUCUACAACAGACGCAGACAUAGUGCCGAGAUGUCCCGAAAUAAGGGCAGAAAACGGUAAGGUAAAUUACAGUGGAGACAAGGAGAGAUACACUUCUGCACAUAUAAGUUGCGAUGAAGGCUACAGCGUUGGAAAAGAUGGGGUGGAAACGGUUGCAUGUCUUCAUAGUCUACAAUGGGAAAACACAUUACAGUGUUACAAGACGGUGAAACCAUGGAAACCCGCGAACAGUAAAAUAAGAAAAUUGGAAGAUGACGAUGUUGAGCAUCAUGAAACGUACACACUCCGCUGUAACAAGGGCUAUGAAAUGAAGCAAAUGAAUGGUCGUUACCUUGGUGAAGAAGAUAGAUCCAUGUUAAGCGUUAGUGUGCAGAAUCUGAACGGCGUUUUGAAAUACGGGGAAAUUGAUGCGACCUUGCUGUCGUGUGUUGAAAAGAGGUGUUUUCAAAAGGCUGUUAGACCAUCAAAAUACCACAUGCUGAUCAUACAGCCGAAGAGAACAUAUGUGGAACAUGGACAAUCUUUCAUUUUAUCAUGCGAGAACGGCUUUGUCCACAAUCUAACGAGCGAUCCGAAUUUACUGUGCACCUUUGGAAAGCUUUCAAGGAUUAAGCAUGUCUGUGCACCACUUAACUGUAAAUUUGACCGUCCUAUUGAGCAAGGGAUGACUCUAAAACACAGGGGAAAGUUCAUCAAAGCUUCUUCAAAGAAAGCGAUUGAUCAUGGAGAAUCAGUCAAAUUUAACUGUAAAUAUGGAGGAAAUGGCGUAAGAUAUGAACCCAAAAAACGGUUGUUUAAAUGUGACCGGGGAAAGUGGUUAGAAGAUAAUAGUAGAGGCGGUUCAUGGUCGUUAGGCAACAAUGGAACGUUUCCAGAAUGUCGACCAGCAAAAUGCGAGUGUCAGAACGGAGGAACAUGUAUUCGAGAUAAGACUUGUAGAUGUUCACGAUUCACGAAGGGGCUGCAAUGUGAAACACCUGAUUGUCCAAAUGGGUGUUUAAACGGUGGGACAUGUACCUUCCCAAACCAGUGCAGCUGUCCGGUUGGAUUCACUGGCAGUCGUUGCCAAAAAAGCAGAAAGACGUAUAUGGCUGCUGUGUAUGAACACGCACUUGUCCUUCCAUCAAGAACCUUGGUUCCAGUAUCUCGACAGACGGCAGUUGAAAACAUGAUGGUCAACCUUCGUGUAUACCAACAUCAGGCAAAAAUUGCAGCAACUCAGCAGAAUGCGGACAUAAUAGUGUUUCCUGAAGAUGGUGUUUACGGCGUGUAUAUGGAUGAUCAGCACGAGAUAGUCUAUCCGUACCUGGAACUUAUACCAGACCCGACAAAACUGCAAUCGAACCCUUGCAACAACCCGAGUACGUUGCCAGAUACUGAAGUACAACAAGUCCUUAGUUGUAUUGCAAAAGAAAAUAAACUUUUUGUAGUAGCAAACAUCGGUGACAAAGUGCCAUGUAAUCAAAAUGACACGAAAUGCCCAGGAACUGGCCAUUAUCAAUAUAACACUAAUGUUGUGUAUGACCCACAGGGAACCCUUGUAGCGAGGUAUCAUAAAUAUAACUUAUAUGGUGAAUAUCAAUUCGACAGACCUGAACAUGCUGAUAUUGCAGUAUUUGAAACUCCGUUUGGGCGAUUUGGGACUUUUACAUGUUUUGACAUUCUCUUUGAACAUCCAGCAAUCGACUUGAUAACGAAACAUAAUGUUACAAAUAUUGUGUUUCCAACGGCUUGGAUGGACGCUGCACCAUUCUUCAAUUCAAUACAAUUCCAUUCAGCUUUCGCUGCUGCACAUGGCAUAAAUCAUUUGGCAUCAAACAUUCACUUUCCACAAUAUCGCUUUCAUGGAAGUGGAAUUUAUACACCUGAAGGAGCCGCUGCUUAUUACUACAAUACGACUGUUGGUAGUGAAGGCAGACUGCUUGUCAAAGAAAUUCCUGUUGUUCACGAGGCAAAAACACUUUCUCUGCCGUUUGAAGAACAUGCGACUGAAUUCACACCAAGUCAGCAGGGUGAAUACUUUUCUACCGUCAUUUUUAAAAACAAGUACAAUGCUACUCCUUUAACAGGCAGGUCGGGGCGUGCAGUUGUUUGCCACAACAACCUCUGCUGUCAUGCUUCAUACAAGACGAAUGAAACUUCAGUACAAAGCGGACAUGAAUCAGAUGGAAUGGAAAAUGAAUAUUUCGCUCUUGGCGCAUUCGAUGGACUUCGAUACUCAAGAAUAAACUACUAUAUUCAAGUUUGCAUUAUUCUUAGAUGUCAUGAUAACGGCACAACACCGACAUGCAACGACAAAGUCAACCUUCCGGUUAAAAUUGACAUGCUCAACUUCGAAAUGUCUGGGAACUUCUCGACGCCAUACAUCUAUCCAGAAAUUCUGUUGCAAAAGAAAGGAGAUUUUGGUCUUGCUUCUUAUCCAAAACGCUGGUCCUACGCUGAUGGACGCCUGAAGUCUGACAAUAAGUUUAUGCAUCCCUUGGCGGUUGCUACGUUGCUUGGGAGAUCCUAUGACAGAGAUUAGGACUAGGACACGUUGCGUAUUUCUCGGGAUGUAAGAAUAUAUAUGCUAAUGUGUGUUUUCCAUCCUUUAGAAACAAGGCUUUUGCGAUAACUAAAAACAGUGUGUGUGGUGUCAAAACUAGUUUUGGUCCUUGUUGCAAAAUAUGGCUGAGUGAAAAGUUUUUGAAAAAUUUACUCAAGAGCGUAUUGUACAUUGGAAUUUUCCAUUGUAAUUCAACCUAUUUUUUGUUAUUGCAGAAAUUAAAUAUUUUUCCGCAUGGAAAUACCAAACAUCUUUCUUGAUAUCUUAGUAUGGACAUUUGACAAUAAGUUGUUGUAUUUAUUGAAGUAUCUCAUCAUUUAAAUAUUAUAAUGUUGCGAUUUCGAUUUUUAUUGAAUAGUUGUAUUCUCCAAAUUCUGAAUCACAUAAGUAUGUCCUUAAAACGUCUUUGAGAAAUAUUCUAUAACUAUUGAGAAAAAAGAAAAACAAAAUAAUUUACUGUAAGUCUCAAAUAUAUAUAUUUAUAUGCAAAUAAUACUCGUAUAUGCAAUAAUAUUUGCUUUUUGUAUGGUUUAUGGAAUAUGAUGUGUAUUAUCCAAACGCAGUCUUCCUUAUUUUAAAUACAACAUGACUAUGUAAAAAUGAUCUUACACCUGAAGUAUAUCUGCGUAAAACAUGCUUAAAAGA